CCGGCGUCUCCAGCUGCGGCGAUGGCGGCGGCGGCUUCGCAGCGAGACCCGGGGGACUGGCAGGACUUCUCGGGCUUCCAGCCCUCGGCGGGGAGCGCUCCUGAAACCGCCAGAGGCGACAAAGGCGGAUGGGAUCUGGGAACGAAGUUGUCCCUCUGCUUCGAGCCCCCCCCGGCCCGCGGUGCCGGUUGCUGCGAGAGCCGCGUUCCGCUGCGGCCGCUCACGGAGCAGAGCGCGCUGCAGGACGACGAGAUUUGGAAUGCUUUGACUGAUAAUUAUGGAAACGUAAUGCCAGUUGACUGGAAAUCUUCCCACACCAGAGCUUUGCACUUGCCAACUCUGAACCUUUCAGAAAAAGGGGUAAAUGAUAACUUAAACCUUGACCUGUCAGAUGAUGAAGAGCUGAGAGAACAGCUGGAUAUGCAUUCCAUCAUUGUUUCCUGCAUCAAUGAUGAGCCACUGUUCACAGCAGAACAGGUGAUUGAAGAAAUAGAAGAAAUGAUGCAGGAAUCUCCUGAUCCCGAAGAUGAUGAAACACCUACUCAGUCCGACCGUCUCUCCAUGCUUUCCCAGGAAAUUCAAACACUCAAGAGAUCCAGUACAAACAACAGCUACGAGGAGAGAGUAAAAAGAUUGUCUGUUGCUGAGUUAAAUGAACUGCUAGAAGAAAUUGAGACUGCUAUUAAGGAUUAUUCUGAGGAGCUGGUGCAGCAGUUGGCACUGCGGGAUGAGUUGGAGUUCGAGAAGGAAGUGAAAAACAGCUUCAUUUCUGUCCUCAUCGAAGUACAAAAUAAACAGAGAGAGCACAAAGAAACAGCAAAGAAGAAAAAGAAGCUGAAAAAUGGUAGCCCUCAGAAUGGGAAGCAAGAAAGAGGUCAUAUGCCUGGAACAUAUUUAACAACCGUCAUCCCUUAUGAGAAGAAAAAUGGCCCCCCAUCUGUUGAAGAUCUUCAAACAUUAACCAAAAUCCUUCAUGCCAUGAAAGAAGAUAGCGAGAAAGUGCCAAGCUUGUUAACAGACUAUAUUUUAAAGGUUCUGUGUCCUACAUGAAGAGGGCUGCCUUUCAGAAUUAACCGUGUUCCUUCCUAUGAUGAGAAGCUUUCCAUGGAAAUAACUCAUAGUAUUUUCUUCCAUUUGGUACUAUACCUAAACCAGUACCCAUUUACCUCCUUUGUGUGUGCGUGGAUUUUCUGAUCCUACAUUAAGUCUUCUGGGCAUGACAACUCAUCCAUUUUAACCUAAUAGUGCAAUGAACUGGAGCAGGGAACAAAAACUGUACAGUUUUUCUCGCAUUGUUCUGGCUUUUUAAAGUCUCUUUUUACACUGUAUAGCAUGGAAAUCCUCCUGCACAUUUUGUUGUGGGAAGGAAAAGUAACCUUUGAAUAGUGUAAAUAACAUAAGCCUAAUUGUAAGGAAUCCGUAUUUAAAACAUCCUUAAUUCCUGGAGCAAAAAUGUAAAAAGAAUUUUCAUUGUACAGACCCAACAAAACGAUUCAGAUGAGUUCUUCAGGAAGCACUCUGGGACAGUGCUGGUGGACAUUUGUUUUCAACGGUUCUUUUAAACAUUAUCUUUGAGCUAUACAACAGUAAUGUUCACAGAGUGAACAAUUCCUUAUUCUUUAAUGGUUUGGCAUAAGUAAUUGGUGUGUUACUUAUCUUUGUUAUCUAACAUAACCAUCAGAGUAAUGUAAUUUUUCAUAUUUAAUUGCUGUUUUUGUUUUAAUUGUUAAUGUUCACGUGGCUCAGAUAUUCUCUCAUAUUGCUGCUAUAAUUUUACUGGUUUUAAUACGCGUUUGAUCUUAAUGGAUAUGAUUAAGUAUAUAAGCAUUUUGAAAGGCUAUAUCUUUUUAAAAAUACAUGUACAGUUUGGAAAAAACUUGCACCUGGGUUCCAAGUUAGUAUUAUAUCAAGACUUUGGUCAUUGUGUAUCUCUGAACUUUACUACAAAUCUUUCUUGUAUGCUCUGUGAUGAUGUAUCUGCAUUCAAACAGAUGAGAAUGUAUUUUGCAAAUCCUGUAAAAGAAACAUACCCUGCGAUCUCCAUAUUAAAUAUUUGCCACAAAUCA